UUAACUUAAUCAAGCCUAUUGCAUCUGUGAAAAAGCUGUUUGUCACGCUUAGCUUGUCUUCCGAUCUGCCGGAAUUUGCUAUUGGAGAUGAAAAAUGGUUGAUGCAAAUUCUUUUAAAUGUUGUUGGCAAUGCUGUAAAAUUUUCAAAAGAAGGCAGUGUGUCAAUUUCUGCUGUUGCUGCAAAAUCAGAAUCUUUAAGAGAUCCUAGAGCUCCCGAAUUUUUCCUUGUGCAAAGUGAGAAUCACUUCUAUUUACGUGUACAGGCAAAAGAUACAGGAUCAAGCAUUAAUCCGCAGGAUAUCCCCAAGCUAUUUUGUAAGUUUGCGGAAAACCAGGCACUAGGAUCUAAAAGUUCCGGUGGCGCUGGGCUUGGCCUUGCAAUUUCUAAGAGGUUUGUUAAUCUUAUGGAAGGUCAUAUUUGGAUCGAAAGUGAAGGUCUUGGCAAGGGGUCUACUGCUAUCUUUAUUGUUAAACUUGGGAUUCCUGGACGCUCAAAUGAGCCUAAGCUUCCCUUUAUGCCCAGAUUGCCUGCAAAUCACAUGCAGAUGACUUUUCAAGGACUAAAAGUUUUGGUUAUGGAUGAUAACGGGACAUUCAGAUGCACAAAGUUGUAUUUGAGAAAGAUGCAUCUCGUGAUGGAACUGCAUUACUUUUUACGUUUCGCAACCAGCGACAGAGACGCAGAAAACAUAAAAAUUAAAGUCAUCCAUCUCAUUGUUGGCUUAGAGGCUGAAUUUGAUGUUUUUAAUUUGGACAUAAGGUUGAGCAACACAAUCUUGAGGGAACAAAUCCUCAACAAAUGGUUAUCAUCAUGCCAAACAGUACAUACAUUAGAAGUGCAGAGCAAGGUUGAUGUUGGAGGUUACAUGGCGUCGGCUCAGCCAACCGGUGCCGAUGAUAUCCGGACACUUUUAAUUGGAGAUCUGCAGUUUUGGAUGGAUGAAUAAUAUCUCUAUAGCUGCUUUACAAAUAUUGGAGAUGUACUAAAAUUUCUAAAAUACUUUGUUGCUGCUGAGUGUUUUAAUAUGUAAAACUGUAUCUUGGGGAGAAAAAUAAAUGUAUUAAAUUGCUGUGA